AGAAGAAGAAGAAGAAGAAGAAGAAUGUACCAUCAGCUGUGUUUGACCAGAUCAGGUGGAGGCUGGGCUGAGGGCGGUUCUGUUGUCUGUUGCCUAACAACAGGUCGAAAAGCUCGUAACGGUACCGGUAACGUAAAGUUUGUUUCGAGUUUGGGGGUAAAUUUAACUUCUUGUUGCGGGUUUAGAGUCAUUAGCGUAAUGAAGUUUAAUGGGCUAAAGGCAGGUUUAGCUCUGAACCAGCUAGCAUCAGCAGUGUUGGCUCUUAGUGCCCCCGCCUGCUUCUACCGGUUUGUGAGAGCUGCUGCCCCCCCUUUCAUGUGCUCAUAAAGAUGUGGCGACGUUAUUGUCGCUGUAUGUCAAAACGGGGGAUUUACCAGAUAACGGUUUGGGACAUUUCCACCUUGACUCGCGCUCAAUGCGACAUGACGGCAUCACGUGGCCUUUCUCUAUGAUCAGACCGUUUAAGCCAGCGAUGCGUACGUCAUCAUAUCAGAUUCACUCGCCGGUGUCGGAUUGCAACACUUGGCGUUACCGCUGUGCGCAGCCCAGCAGCGUCACUCGUCACAUUUUGCAUAAUGACUGAUCAUUAUGAAAAUGUUAAGGUUCAACAUGGGCAAAUUAAUCCGAACGGUGAGGAGGCAGAGGAGGAGGAUGACAACGAGGAGCAGGUUCCUGUUUCGUCCCCCUCUGUUUGUGCCUCACCUGACCCCAUCAUCACCACACCUGGAACAGACGCAUCCACCUCCUCUAAUGUUGGUAAAAGAAACUGUAAAAGUGGAGUCAAGGCAGUUGGGGAUGACGAGAACUCUUCUGGCAACCCAAACUCAAACUUUCCUUGGCCAGUCGUGCCUCCAUAUACGAUGAAAAACUUCAACAGUCCAGGGAGUGGGCAGCAAGCCCUUAAAAUCAAGGGAUUAGGAAGGAUACUGCAGGGCGAGUCAGAAUCUAAUGGAAACUAUCCAUCCAAAACCAUACAAGCAAGCUGCAAGGAUGGAUUCGGUUUCUCAAGAAGACCUGUGACGGUGGACUCAUCUAAAGCCAAAACCUCAUUGAAAGCCUUGAAGUUAUGCAUCAAACAGCUCAAGUGGAAAGAGUUUCCUUUGGGAAGACGAGCUCCUUGUGAUAUCUACUGGCAUGGUGUUUCCUUCCAUGACAACGAAAACAUUGUGUCAGGGCUGGUCAACAAGUUCCCAGGGAUGGUUGAAAUGCUGAGGAAGAUCAACCUGAGCAGGGCAAUGCGGACCAUGCAGGAGCUCUUCCCAGAGGAAUACAACUUCUAUCCCCGUUCCUGGAUCCUUCCUGAAGAGUACCGGCGGUUUUCUGCCCAGAUUCGCUUGUUGAAGGAGAAGGAUACCACAAUGAACACCACUUUCAUUGUUAAGCCGGAUGGAGGCUCCCAGGGGGACGGUAUCUACCUCAUCCGUGACCCCAGCGACCUAAAGCCUAUGGUGGGUUCACAGGCCAAACAGGCUGUGGUCCAAGAAUACAUCCCAAAGCCGUUACUCAUCGACAAGCUCAAGUUUGAUAUCCGCCUUUAUGUGCUGAUCAAGUCCUUGGAGCCACUAGAGAUCUACAUUGCCAAAGAAGGCUUGACCCGAUUUUGCACCGAACCUUACGAGGAGCCGAGCCAGAAGAACCUGAGCCAUGUCUUUAUGCACCUGACAAACUACUCCCUCAAUGUCCACAGCGGCAACUUUGUGCACUCGGAUAGCCAGAGCACAGGCAGCAAGCGCACCCUGUCCAGCGUGCUGUACAGGCUGGCAGCUAAAGGUGUAGACAUCAAGUGGGUGUGGUCGGAUAUCAUUGCCCUUGUUAUCAAAACCUCCAUUGCUGUGGUGCCUGAGCUUAAAGUCUAUUAUCAAGCAGAUAUCCCGCCUGGUAAACCUGGGCCCACAUGCUUCCAGAUAUUAGGUUUUGACAUCCUGCUGACGAAGAACCUGAAGCCAGUGUUACUGGAAGUCAACGCCAGCCCCAGUAUGAGGAUAGAGCAUGAACAGGAAGUGGCACCAGGAGUUUUUGAAUAUGUCCCCAGUCCAGUGGACAAGGAGGUCAAAGUGGAUGUGAUCAGGGACACUCUACGCCUUAUGGAUCCCCUCAACAAGGACUCAACACCGAGUCCUCAGCUGAAGGCUGGUGAGUUUGAACAUGGAGAGGAGAUCCCGGUGGACUCUGAGUCUCAGGGCAGGAGUCCAGACGAGAAUCUGCCAUCGCUGUGUCUGAAGCAGGUCUACCCAAAGUACUCCAAAGAGUUCAACUACCUGCGGCUGGUGGAGCGAAUCACUGCUCUGUUCAUACGCUUCCUCGGGGUCAAGGACAACAUGCGCCUCGGUCCCACCGCCUUCAGAACCUUCAUCAGGACCUGUAAACUGAACAACAGCAACUUCACCAUGGCCUCAGUGGACGUCCUCUACAUAAACAUCACACGCAGACGGUCAUGUGCAAUACCAGACUCCAGAGAAGCAGGAAUGGGGCUCCAAGCAUUUGUGGAAGCCUUUUUCUACCUGGCGGGCCGCAGGUUCAAAUUCCUCGUGCUGAAGGAGCAGGUAGUGUCGCUGCUCAGCCUGUGUGAGGCUCAGCUGGGGCCUCCGUCCAGCGUGGAGGACAGGCGCUCUCUGAGCUGCAGCAGGGCGCCGCCUCGAGCUGCCAGGACUCAGACGCUGUGCCUCCCCGACGCUCAGUCCAGCUCUCCUGCCACUCAGAGAAGGGCGACCAGCCACGACUACAGGCUGCAUCAAAAACUCAAGCCUCGCACACUCCGAACUAACGUGGAGAACUGAUGUCAGGGAACCGGUCAUCCAACGCUGAAACAUUGCCUUCUGCCGUCUCCACAGGAGUGGUGGAGAUUAAGGGUCCAUUCCAGAGAGGGACCAUGUUGACCCCUGCUGGCGGACUCGUCUGGAGACUGUUCUCAGCCCUGAUUGCGUUUUCUUACAGCGGGGAAGACGUCCUCAGGGGGGAUGAAGUAGAAAUGGAGAAAGAUGUAAGGAGGCUGGCGGAUUCCUUCCUCCUCCUUCCUCCUGGUGGGAUCAUCAGUGUGAUCCUGGCAGGAGGACAUGGCUGCUUUCAACAUUUACACCAAAACUCACCUUUCAGAGGCGUCAGACAGCAAUGUAGGGAAGCAUCCGGAGUGUAUUAUUCAUAAAUUUGCACAGCAGCUCUUUAAGACUAAUGCAUUUGCACAUUACUGGGGGACUCGUCAGCUGGGCGUCGGCAUGCACGUGUUGUUUAGUAUUUGUGUUUGACAGCGAGCGGCUCAGCUGCUCCUCUUCUAUUACCCCAUUAGUGACGAGUUAAGCGAAUAAGCGUCACUUAAUCCUUCCUUCAGUUCAGCAGCUAUUCCUAUCAGGCAGCCCUAGACCUCCCGUCAGCCCGUGUCUUAGGUUCAUUACGUUUUAGUCAAAUAACCACAAGGAAUUAAUUACUGCAGAUAAAACAGUAAAUGCAUGGCACAAUAAUUUAAUAUUGAACAUAGACGUGUUUUAGAAGUGACAUGAUGGUUCACAAGCAGAACAAUAGCCAUUGCUUCCUAACAGUUAGCACUAACAGUUAUCUUUACUUUUUCACGUUUUGCACCAUUUUGAAGAUUUAUGUCACAUGCAGUGUGGGCAGCUGUGAAAAACACUAAGUGGAUUGACCUGUGUACUGAGUGGUAUUGUGGGGCUAACAUGUUACUGCAGUGGUGGUGAUAUGAAGUAAAUGUACGAGCUUAGCAACUGUGGCAGAUGUGAAUGAAAUGUACUUAUUAGGCUGCAGAAUUAAACUGCUCUUUAAGCCGAA